AAGAAAGCUUCUUUGGGCCCACCCCAUGCACACUCAAAAAGCAUCAAGGAAAAACUAAUGAAGAUAGUGACCACACAACUGCUCUUUCAAGCUAGCUCACUGACGGGACAUACUUGUUUGGACGAAACAGAUAAUCAACAGAUAAAAAAAUGUCUGACAGAAUCGUUGAUGAGGAUCUAGUGACUGUAACUCACACAGGACCAAAGGGUGUCAUCAAUGACUGGCGCAAAUUUAAACUGGAGAGUAUGGACCAGGAGGCUCUGCCUCCCAACAAGAGAGAGCUACUAAGACAGAUGUCCUCCCCGCAAAAACAUAAAGACAUGUCUGUGGGUGGACUAAAUCGCAAGAUGAGUGCCCAGGAGUAUGAGCUAAUAAAGGAGGACGAUGAAAAAAGUCUGCACCAUUACCGUAAGCACUGCAUGCAGGAAAUGCACGAGCGCCUGAGCUUCGGGCCCAAAUUUGAGGGCGUGUAUGAGCUUGACAGUGGCGAGGCCUUUCUGGAGGUAAUUGAGAAGGAGCACCGGCUCACGGUGGUGGUGGUGCACAUCUUCAAAGAUGGAGUGCAAGGGUGUGAGGCACUUAACAAUUGCUUGAAUUGCAUGGCCACUGAAUAUCCAAGUGUUAAAUUUUGCCGCAUUAAUGCAGCCGCCACUGGUGCCGGCGAGCGUUUCUCAGAUGAAGUGCUACCUGCGUUGUUGGUGUACAAAUCUGGAGAACUGCUGGGGAACUUCCUGGCUGUUACACAGCAUUUUAAUGAGGAGUUCUUUGCUACCGAUGUAGAGGCUUUUCUUAACGAGUAUGGACUGCUUCCAGAGAAGGAGUUAACCACUGCAGCUGAUGAGGAUGAAGCAAAUGUGGAGUGAUGAAAGAUGGCAGAGUAGGAAUGGAUGAAAUGAAGAUGCGAGAAAGGAUGAUGAGAAUACGUUUCAAUAUUCUUCCAGCUAAAAGUUGCUGUUGAGUUGCAUAAAGCUCAGCAUAAACGUCCCUUUGAGCAUGAUAGAAAAAACAAAGGCAAAACAUUUUAAUUCCAUGUUUUAAAGGCAACAUGGAAUGGCAUUAAGUUACAUCAAUUGCACAUCAAUUCCAGUUUUCACAUGUUAAUAAUUAGACAAAAUGACAACUACUACAUCAAUAAUGGUGAAUUAGAUAAAUAUCAAUUAGUGUCAUGUAGAAUACUUACAGAAUGUACAUAAUGUACAUGUGUGUUUGCAUGUAGCGAAAGAUGAUGUAAAUUUGAGGGUUACAGAAUGGUCCAUGAUCAUUUAACAAUUGUUUUUAGAGAGCUUACAUUUGAGAAAAAAAAAAAAAAAAGAAUAACUUUACAAACAGUAUUUUUGGAUGGCAACAAAACUGUGCA